AUGGCGGAAAUCGUGGAGGAGAUUGUGGAGGAGUUUGAGGAGGAGUUUGAGGAGGAAUAUGAGGAGGAGGAGGAAGAGGUUCAGAUUACUACGACGACUUUCACUGAGCACCGCACUCAGGCUCAGUCUGGCUUGCCUACCAGGAAAGUCAGGAAGAGAGUCAAGGUGGAUACUUCCCAGUUCAUGACUCCAUACCUGGCUCACAGCCAGAAGAUGCUGGAUCAGUUCAGCCACAAUAAGUAUCGGCAGGCCUAUGACAAGUCCAGAGGUCAGCCUCCUGCUGUCACCACUGACACUCCUGAAAUGAUCCGCAUUAGGAAGGCACAGGAGCAGCUUAGUGAGGUUAAAUACCGCAUGGAGGGAAAUAAGGUUCGCACGACCAGUCUGUAUGAUGGUGAGGCCAGAGAGAUCGCCCACGUCAAGCAUGUCAAUGAACUGCUGAGCAAGGUUCUGUACAGACAGAAGUGGGAUGAGACUAAGGACAGGUACCUGCUGCCUCCUGAUGCUCCUGAGCUGGUCUUGGCUGUGAAGAAUGCUGCUAACAUCAGCAAGAAACUCUACACAGAGUGCUGGGAUGAGGAGAAGACCAUGUUCUUCCCUUAUAGUGACAGUCCUGAGCUGCGCAGGGUGGCCAAGGCUCAGGAGGUCCUCAGUGAUGUUAACUACAAGAAGGGUCACGAUGAGCGCAAAGCCAAGUACACCUCCCUGGCUGACCCCCCUGAAUACGAGCUGGCCAGGAGGGUGGCCCAUCAGCGCAGUGACCUUAAGUACAAGGAAGACUACAAUAAGAACGUUAAGGGUCAAUGGUGCGAGACGCCCUACUUCGACGUGGCCACUGCCAGGGUGGCGAUGGACAACCUCAGCGAUAGAAAGUACACGCAAAAAUUCGAGAAUGAAAAAGACCAAAUUUAUUUCAUGCAAACAGACACACCGGUUUACGACACAAACAAGAAGGCUCGUAUUGCUGUUAGUGAGGUCCAAUACAAGAAAGACUACGAAAAGACGAAAGCACAGUGCGACUACAAUACGCUCCCCGCCACAGAAAAUCCUCUCCUCAGGCAGCUGAGAUAUGCCGGCACCAUCCUCAGUGAUAAAGUAUAUAAGGCCAACUAUGAAAAAUCCAGAGGUUCCAGCAUCAAUUAUUGUGACACGCCCAAGUUUCAGAUGGACUCAGUACUUAAAAGCUUCACAGACGCACAUUAUAAAGAUAAGUAUGAAAAUGAGGUGAAGGGCCACUACAUCGGAAGCUAUGAAGAUCUUUACAUGCUUCACUGCCAGAAAAUUGAAGAAAUGAAGAGUGAUCAAGCAUAUAAAGCGGACUAUGAAGACAUUAAAACAAGAUGCUUCUUCCCUCAAACAAUGACGCCUCAAUAUGAAGCGUCUAAGAAGGUUCAACAGUGCAACGAUCAAGUUUACCGGCAUCAUCCAGACACAGUGAAAUUUACACAAGUGAUGGAUUCGCCAGUUAUGGUUCAAGCAGCCAUCAACGCCAAACAGCUAAGUGACUUGAACUACAAGGCGAAGUAUGAGGAUACCAAAUUCAAGUGUAAUCUGCCCCCAGACUAUCCCUUCUUCGUCCAGUCCAGAGUUAACGCUUUUAACCUCAGUGACAACUGUUAUAAGUAUGACUGGGAGAAAUCCAAAGCAAAGAAGUUUGAGGUCAGAGGUGAUGCCAUCCCAAUCCUCGCUGCCCGUGCUCACACAAACAUCGCCAGUGAUGUUAAAUAUAAGAAGGAGUACGAGAAGAACAAGGGCCACAUGGUCGGGGCCCUCAGCAUUCAAGACGACCCCAAGAUCUUGCACUCCGUUCACGUUGCCAAAAUCCAGAGUGAUCGCGAAUAUAAAAAGGACUAUGAAAAGAUUAAGACAAAGUACCAUGCACCACUGGAUAUGAUGUCGGUCACCUUGGCCAAGAAAUCCCAGGGUAUUGCCAGCAUGGCCGGGUACAGGAGCGUCAGACACAACUACCUCUUGCCUUAUGACAGCGUGUUGUUGGAGCUGGCCAAGCAAGCCAACAUCAUCCAGAGUGAGAAUGAGUACAGGUCCGACUACAACAACUCUGUCAAGGGUUCCCCAUGGGUCAACUUUGGUUCUUUGGAUGUGGAAAAAGCCAAGAAUGCUGGUCGCAUCCUCAACGAGAAAAAUUACAGGCAGCCCCCAGACACGAUCCCCUUCACGUCUAUUGACGACCACCCCGUCAUGAUGCAGGCCAGGGUUAACCAGCUUCAGAGGAGUGAUAAAUUCUACAAGAGAGGUCUAGAGGAGAUUCAUCAGAAGUACUCUCUUCCUCCUGAUGUCCCCGAGCUCCUCCAGGCUAAGUGCAAUGCCUACAACAUCAGCAAUAGCAACUACAAGCAUGCCUGGCAGGAGUUGAUUGCUAAAGGUUAUGACCUGAAGCCUGAUUCUAUCUCUGUUGUUGCUGCUAAAGCCGCCAGACAUCAUGCCAGUGAUGUCCAAUAUAAGAAGGCUUAUGAGAAGGCAAAGGGCCACCAUGUUGGCUUCCGCAGCCUCCAGGAUGAUCCUCUGCUGGUUCACUACAUGGAUGUGGCCAAACUACAGAGUGACAAGAACUACAAGAAGGAUUACCACAAGGCCAAGCUGAAGUAUCACUCUCCGGUGGACAUGAUGAGCCUUGCUCACGCCAAACAUGCCUCUAAAGUGCAGACCUUCACUGGCUACAAGCAGCACCACCAUAAUUACGUUCUUCUGCCUGAGUCUAUGAGCCUGCAGCUUGCUCGUGACAUGAACCGCAACUCUAGUGAUUACAAUUAUAAACUGGAUUAUGAGAACUCCGUCAAGGGAACCGGCUGGGUUCCUAUUGGCUCUCUGGGGGUGGAGAAUGCUAAGACGGCAGGAGCCGCAUUGGAUGAGAAAAAGUACAGGCAGCCCCCUGACACCAUCAAGUUCACUAGCGUCACCGACUCCAUGAACAUGGAACUAGCCAAGGCCAAUGCCAAGAUCAUGAAUAUGCAAGCGUAUAAGGCCAGUGGAGAGAAAUUCAUGCAUACUUACCAUCUCCCAGCUGAUGCCCCCGAACUGUUGCAAGCCAGAUACAACGCUGUCAACAUCAGCAAGAAUUACUACACCUAUGCCCACCGUCAAGAUCUGCUGAAAGGACAUCAAAUGAAGGAAGAUGCCAUUCCCAUUGUGGCUGCAAAGUCUAGUACCAAUAUCGCCAGUGAUUACAAGUACAAGCUGGCUUAUGAGAAGGCAAAGGGCCACCAUGUUGGCUUCCGCAGCCUCCAGGAUGAUCCUCUGCUGGUUCACUAUAUGGAGGUGGCCAAACUGCAGAGCGAGAAGAACUACAAGAAGGAUUACCACAAGGCCAAGCUGAAGUAUCACUCUCCUGUGGACAUGAUGAGCCUUGCUCACGCCAAACAUGCCUCUGCAGUGCAGACCUUUACUGGGUACAGGAAGAUCCCUCACAACUACUUUCUCCUGCCUGACAACAUGCAACUGCAACUGUGCCGCAGCAUGAUGGAUAUUCAGAGUGACAAUGCUUACAAAUCAGACUACAACAUCAGCCAUAAAGGCACGGGAUGGGUUCCCAUUGGUUCGUUGGAUGUUGAGAAGGCAAGGGUUGCAGGCGCCGCGCUGAUGGAGAGGGGCUACCGCCAGCAUCCUAGUACUCUUAAUUUCACAAGCAAGACUGACGACAUGAACAUGGUUCUCGCUCUGGCCAACUCAAAGCAAAUGAACCUUUCUGCAUACAAAGCUUCUGGUGAGAAGUUCAUGCACAGCUACAACCUGCCAGUUGAUUGCCCUGAGUUCCUCCAGGCUAAAUUUAAUGCCCAGUCCCUCAGUGAGAGCCACUACAAGCAAAAGUGGCUGGAGGAUAUUGCCAAGGGAUACGACCUCAGACCAGAUGCCAUUCCUAUCCUACUUGCCAAGCAAGGCAGACAUAUUGCCAGCGAUGUCCAAUAUAAGAAAGCUUAUGAGAAGGCAAAGGGCCACCAUGUUGGCUUCCGCAGCCUCCAGGAUGAUCCUCUGCUGGUUCACUAUAUGGAGGUGGCCAAACUGCAGAGCGAAAAGAACUACAAGAAGGAUUACCACAAGGCCAAGCUGAAGUAUCACUCUCCUGUGGACAUGAUGAGCCUUGCUCACGCCAAACAUGCCUCUGCAGUGCAGACCUUUACUGGUUAUAGAAAUAUCCCUCACAAGCACUUCCUUCUGCCUGACAACAUGCAAUUGCAACUGUGCCGCACCAUGAACACGCAAGCAAGUGAUUAUAAUUACAAGGCUGAUUGGAACAACUGUGUCAGAGGUACUGGAUGGGUCCCUAUUGGUUCACUUGCAGUUGAAAAUGCCAAAGUUGGUAGUGAUAUUCAGAGUGAAAAGAAGUACCGCACUCAUCCAUCCAACUUCAACUUCAGCAAGCUGAUGGACUCCAUGGACUUGACUCUGGCUACUGCCAACAACCAGAUCAUGAAUAAGCAAGCAUACCAUAAAGCUUGGGAUAAGGACAAAACAACAGUUCAUGUCACGCCAGAUGCUCCUGAGUUUGUCCUGGCCAAGGCUAAUGCCCUCACCAUGAGCAAUAAACUCUACAAAGCCGGUCUUGUGGAGAUGGCCAAUAAGGGUUAUGACAUGAAAGCAGAUGCCAUUCCAAUUGUGGCUGCCAAGUCCGGCACCACCAUUGCCAGUGAUUACAAGUACAAGCUGGCUUAUGAGAAGGACAGGGGCCACCAUGUUGGCUUCCGCAGCAUCCAGGAUGAUCCUCUGCUGGUUCACUAUAUGGAGGUGGCCAAACUGCAGAGCGAAAAGAACUACAAGAAGGAUUACCAUAAGACCAAGCUGAAGUAUCACUCUCCUGUGGACAUGAUGAGCCUUGCUCACGCCAAACAUGCCUCUGCAGUGCAGACCUUUACUGGUUAUAGAAAUAUCCCUCACAAGCACUUCCUUCUGCCUGACAACAUGCAAUUGCAACUGUGCCGCACCAUGAACACGCAAGCAAGUGAUUAUAAUUACAAGGCUGAUUGGAACAACUAUGUCAGAGGUACUGGAUGGAUCCCUAUUGGUUCACUUGCAGUUGAAAAUGCCAAAGUUGGUAGUGAUAUUCAGAGUGAAAAGAAGUACCGCACUCAUCCAUCCAACUUCAACUUCAGCAAGCUGAUGGACUCCAUGGACUUGACUCUGGCUACUGCCAACAACCAGAUCAUGAAUAAGCAAGCAUACCAUGCAGCUUGGGAUAAGGACAAAACGACAGUUCAUGUCACGCCAGAUGCUCCUGAGUUUGUCCUGGCCAAGGCUAAUGCCCUCACCAUGAGCAAUAAACUCUACAAAGCCGGUCUUGUGGAGAUGGCCAAUAAGGGUUAUGACAUGAAAGCAGAUGCCAUUCCAAUUGUGGCUGCCAAGUCCGGCACCAAAAUUGCCAGUGAUUACAAGUACAAGCUGGCUUAUGAGAAGGACAGGGGCCACCAUGUUGGCUUCCGCAGCAUCCAGGAUGAUCCUCUGCUGGUUCACUAUAUGGAGGUGGCCAAACUGCAGAGCGACAAGAACUACAAGAAGGAUUACCAUAAGUCCAAGCUGAAGUAUCACUCCCCUGUGGACAUGAUGAGCCUUGCUCAUGCCAAACAUGCCACAUCUGUUCAGACUAUGGCUGGAUACAAGCGUAUUAUCCCCCACUACACUGUGCUGGCUGAUGCCAUGAACCUGGAACUGGCUCGUAACAUGCAGCAAAUCGCCAGUGAUAACCGGUACAAGAGUGACUAUGAAAACACUGUAAAAGGAACAGGAUGGGUGCCUAUUGGAUCACUGAACGUUGAGUUAGCAAAAACAGGCGGUCAGAUCUUAAGUGAGGCACGAUACCGUCAACAUCCUAGCAAGUACAAUUUCACUAAGGACAUGCAUUCCAUGGACCUGACACUGGCCACUGCCAACAACCACAUUAUGGAUAAGCAAUCCUACACCAAAGCCUGGGAGAACGACAAGAAUUCAAUCCACAUCAUGCCUGAUGCAAUGGAGAUUGUUUUGGCCAGAGGAAACAAGAAAAACUACAGUGAGAAACUGUACAAACUGGACAAUGAGCUGUCCAAGGCAAAGGGCCAUAACUUAGGUGCUGAUUCUAUUCCUAUCCAAGCUGCGAAAACCUCCGCUGUUAUUGCUAGUGAUUUUAAGUACAAGACAGGAUACCGUAAGCAGGUGGGCCACCACAUUGGUGCUCGCUGCUUGGAAGACGACCCUCUGCUCAUGCUGGCUCUGAACUCAGCCAAGAUUGCCAGUGAUUUCCUGUACAAGAAGGACUUCAACAAGUCCAAGACCAAGUUCCACCUGCCAUUGGACAUGAUUGCCUUUGAACUGGCCAAGAAGAACCAGAUUCAGGUCAACCACGCCAACUACAUCACUCGUCUGCACAACUGGACUUGCCUGCCAGACUCCAAUGAUGUUGUCCAGGCCAGACAUGCCUAUGACAUACAGAGUGAUGCUGUUUACAAAGCAGAACUGAAGGCGCUGCAGGGUGUUGGCUGGGUACCUAUAGGUUCACUGGAUGUUGAGAAGGCAAAGAAAGCUAGUGAGAUCCUGAGUGAGAAAUUGUACCGUCACCACCCGAGCAACUACCAGUUCAAAUCCACUACUGAAGACAUGUCCAUGGUGCUGGCUCAGGCCAACAAUCAGAUUAUGAACAAGCAAGCAUACACUAAGGCCUGGGACAAUGAUAAAACCAAGAUCCAUGUCACGCCUGAUGCUAUGGAAAUUCUUCUAGCCAAAGCAAACAAUGUCAACUACAGCUUGAAAAAGUACACACAGGCAUAUGAUGAUGACAAGAAGAAGGGCUACGAUCUGCGCAAUGACGCUAUUUCCAUCAUUGCAGCCAAGGCUACCAGGGACAUUGCCAGUGAUCACAAAUACAAGACAGGAUACCGUAAGCAGGUGGGCCACCACAUCGGUGCUCGCUGCUUGGAAGACGACCCUCUGCUCAUGCUGGCUCUGAACUCAGCCAAGAUUGCCAGUGAUUUCCUGUACAAGAAGGACUUCAACAAGUCCAAGACCAAGUUCCACCUGCCAGUGGACAUGAUUGCCUUUGAACUGGCCAAGAAGAACCAGAUCCAGGUCAACCACGCCAACUACAUCACUCGUCUGCACAACUGGACUUGCCUGCCAGACUCCAAUGAUGUUGUCCAGGCCAGACAUGCCUAUGACAUACAGAGUGAUGCUGUUUACAAGGCAGAACUGAAGGCGCUGCAGGGUGUUGGCUGGGUACCUAUAGGUUCACUGGAUGUUGAGAAGGCAAAGAAAGCUAGUGAGAUCUUGAGUGAGAAAAUGUACCGUCACCACCCGAGCAACUACCAGUUCAAAUCCACUACUGAAGACAUGUCCAUGGUGCUGGCUCAGGCCAACAAUCAGAUUAUGAACAAGCAAGCAUACACUAAGGCCUGGGACAAUGAUAAAACCAAGAUCCAUGUCAUGCCUGAUGCUAUGGAAAUUCUUCUAGCCAAAGCAAACAAUGUCAACUACAGCUUGAAAAAGUACACACAGGCAUAUGAUGAUGACAAGAAGAAGGGCUACGAUCUGCGCAAUGACGCUAUUUCCAUCAUUGCAGCCAAGGCUACCAGGGACAUUGCCAGUGAUCACAAAUACAAGACAGGAUACCGUAAGCAGGUGGGCCACCACAUCGGUGCUCGCUGCUUGGAAGACGACCCUCUGCUCAUGCUGGCUCUGAACUCAGCCAAGAUCGCCAGUGAUUUCCUGUACAGGAAGGACUUCAACAAGUCCAAGACCAAGUUCCACCUGCCAGUGGACAUGAUUGCCUUUGAACUGGCCAAGAAGAACCAGAUCCAGGUCAACCACGCCAACUACAUCACUCGUCUGCACAACUGGACUUGCCUGCCAGACUCCAAUGAUGUUGUCCAGGCCAGACAUGCCUAUGACAUACAGAGUGAUGCUGUUUACAAGGCAGAACUGAAGGCGCUGCAGGGUAUUGGCUGGGUACCUAUAGGUUCACUGGAUGUUGAGAAGGCAAAGAAAGCUGGUGAGAUCCUGUGUGAGAAAACGUACCGUCACCACCCAAGCAACUACCAGUUCAAAUCCACUACUGAAGACAUGUCCAUGGUGCUGGCUCAGGCCAACAAUCAGAUUAUGAACAAGCAAGCAUACACUAAGGCCUGGGACAAUGAUAAAACCAAGAUCCAUGUCACGCCUGAUGCUAUGGAAAUUCUUCUAGCCAAAGCAAACAAUGUCAACUACAGCUUGAAAAAGUACACACAGGCAUAUGAUGAUGACAAGAAGAAGGGCUACGAUCUGCGCAAUGACGCUAUUUCCAUCAUUGCAGCCAAGGCUACCAGGGACAUUGCCAGUGAUCACAAAUACAAGACAGGAUACCGUAAGCAGGUGGGCCACCACAUCGGUGCUCGCUGCUUGGAAGACGACCCUCUGCUCAUGCUAGCUCUGAACUCAGCCAAGAUUGCCAGUGAUUUCCUGUACAAGAAGGACUUCAACAAGUCCAAGACCAAGUUCCACCUGCCAGUGGACAUGAUUGCCUUUGAACUGGCCAAGAAGAACCAGAUUCAGGUCAACCACGCCAACUACAUCACUCGUCUGCACAACUGGACUUGCUUGCCAGACUCCAAUGAUGUUGUCCAGGCCAGACAUGCCUAUGACAUACAGAGUGAUGCUGUUUACAAGGCAGAACUGAAGGCGCUGCAGGGUAUUGGCUGGGUACCUAUAGGUUCACUGGAUGUUGAGAAGGCAAAGAAAGCUGGUGAGAUCCUGAAUGAGAAAAAGUACCGUCACCACCCAAGCAACUACCAGUUCAAAUCCACUACUGAAGACAUGUCCAUGGUGCUGGCUCAGGCCAACAAUCAGAUUAUGAACAAGCAAGCAUACACUCAGGCCUGGGACAAUGAUAAAACCAAGAUCCAUGUCAUGCCUGAUGCUAUGGAAAUUCUUCUAGCCAAAGCAAACAAUGUCAACUACAGCUUGAAAAAGUACACACAGGCAUAUGAUGAUGACAAGAAGAAGGGCUACGAUCUGCGCAAUGACGCUAUUUCCAUCAUUGCAGCCAAGGCUACCAGGGACAUUGCCAGUGAUUACAAAUACAGGACGGGAUACCGUAAGCAGGUAGGCCACCACAUUGGUGCUCGCUGUGUACAAGACGACCCUCUGAUCAUGCUGGCUCUGAACUCAGCCAAGAUUGCAAGUGAUGCCCUGUACAAGAAGGACUUCAACAAGUCCAAGACCAGGUUCCACCUGCCAGUGGACAUGCUGAACAUUGAACUGGCUAAGAAAUGCCAGAUUCAGGUCAACCAUGCCAACUACACCACCCGCCUGCACCAAUGGACUUGUCUGCCAGACUCCAAUGAUGUUGUCCACGCCAGAAAAGCGUACAAUCUUCACAGUGAUGCUGUAUACAGAUCUGACUACGAUGGCGAGGUUAGAGGUGUAGGAUGGGUCCCCAUUGGUUCACUGGAUGUGCUGAAGGCCAAGCAUGCUGGAACAAUUCUCAGUGAACGUAACUACAGGCAGCAACCAGACACACUGAAAUAUACAACAGACAUGAAUUCCAUGCCCAUGCUCUUAGCCAAAGCCAAUGCUGAUAUCAUGAACAAGCAAAAAUACUUUUCUGCUUGGGAGGCUGACAAGGUUAAGAUUCAUGUCUCCAAUGACCUGCCUGAGCUGUUGCUUUCUAAAGCUAAUGCCCACAACAUCAGCAAGAAACUGUACAGGGAAGGUGUUGAGGAAAUCUUCAGAAAGGGCUAUGACCUUAAAGCUGAUGCUGUCUCUGUUGUUGCUGCCAAACAUGGAAGAGAAAUCAUCAGUGAUUACAAAUACAAGACAGGAUACCGGAAGCAGGUUGGCCACCACAUUGGUGCUCGCUGUGUACAAGACGACCCACUGAUGAUGCUGGCUAUGAACUCAGCCAAGAUUGCCAGUGACGCCCUGUACAAGAAGGACUUCAACAAAUCCAAGACCAAGUUCCACCUGCCAGUGGACAUGCUGAACAUUGAACUGGCCAAGAAAUGCCAGAUCCAAGUCAAUGAUUUCAACUACAGAACUCAUCUACACAACUGGACCUGCCUACCAGACUCCAAUGAUGUGGUCCAGGCCAGAAAGGCCUAUGACCUUCAGAGUAAUGCUGUGUACAGAGCUGACAUGGAAUGGCUCAAGGGAACAGGUUGGGUGCCAAUUGGUUCUAUUGAUGUGGAGAAAGCUAAGAAGGCAGGAGAGAUCCUGAGUGAACACAAGUACCGUCAGCAUCCCAGCAACUUCAAAUUUACUGCCACGACAAGUGACAUGCCAUAUGCCCUUGCUCAGGCCAAUGCCCAUAUCAUGGACAGGAAAGCUUAUGUUGAAGCCUGGGAGAAAGAUAAAACUGACAUUCACAUCUUGCCUGACACCCCAGAGAUCCUCCUAGCCCGGCAGAACAAACUCAACACCAGUCUGAAACAUUACCGUGAAGGCUUUAUGGAAACCAUCAACAGAGGCUACUUCCUUCCCAAAGAUGCCAUUUCAGUUUUAUCAGCCAAACACGGCCGACACAUCAUCAGUGAUUACAAAUACAAAGCUGGUUUCCGCAAGCAGUGUGGUCAUCAUAUUGGAGCCCUCAGUGUUAACGAUGACCCACUGAUUAUGUUGGCCGCUAAUGCAGCCAGGAUUUCCAGUGACAACAUCUACAAGAAGGACUUCAACAAGACCAAGACCAAGUAUCACCUGCCAGUUGACAUGCUGACAAUUGAACUGGCCAAGAAAUGUCAGAAGCAAGUCAAUGACUUCAACUACAGAACCCACUUACACAACUGGACCUGCCUGCCAGACUCCAGUGAUGUUGUUCAUGCUAGGAAGGUCUAUGAUCUACAGAGUGAUGCUGUAUACAGAUCUGACCUGCAGUGGCUGAGAGGAUGUGGCUGGUCGCCUCAGGACUCUGUGGAUGUUGUCAAAGCUAAACAUGGCCAGACUAUUCUCAAUGAGAGGCUCUAUCGCCAGCCCCCAAGCACUGUCAAGUUCACCAGUGUUGUCGACCUACCAACUAUUGUCCUUUCCAAGCAAAACGCUGCCCAGCUCAGUGAUUGGAACUAUAGGGAAGCCUGGGAUAAAGACAAGGUUAACAUUCACAUACCACAUGACGCCCCCAACUUUGAAUUGUCGAAGGCCAAUGCUUACAACAUCAGCGAGAAAAUGUACACAAAGACAUGGGAUGAGGAGAAGGCCAAAGGCUAUCAUAUCAAGGAGGAUGCUAUCUCUGUGCUUAAGGCUAGAGCUUCCAGAGAUAUCGUUAGUGAUUACAAAUACAAGACAGGAUACCGUAAGCAGGUUGGCCACCACAUUGGUGCUCUCAGCUGCCAAGACGACCCUCUGAUCAUGCUGGCUCUGAACUCAGCCAAGAUUGCCAGUGACGCCCUGUACAAGAAGGACUUCAACAAGUCCAAGACCAAGUUCCACCUGCCAGUGGACAUGCUGAGUCUUGAACUGGCCAAGAAAUGCCAGAUCCAAGUCAAUGAUUUCAACUACAGAACUCAUCUACACCAAUGGACAUGCCUGCCAGACUCCACUGAUGUGGUUCAGGCCAGAAAGGCCUAUGACCUUCAGAGUGAUGCUGUGUACAAAGCUGAUCUGGAGUGGUUACGCGGAUGUGGAUGGAUGCCACAUGAAAGUGUGGAAGUUAUGAAGGUGAAGCAUGCACAGAAAAUCCUGGCUGAGAGAGGCUACCGUAUUAAGUGGGAUGAGCACGAAUUCAUGGUUCCAGCUGACAGAGUUGACAUGGCGUGUGCCAAGCAUGCUGCUGAUGUCCUCAAUGAGGUCAAAUAUCGUGAGGCCUGGCAUCAGGAAAAGACUAAGUACACACUGGUGGAAACACCAACCCUUGCCACAGCCAAACAGGUGGCUAAGAACCUUCACCCGCAACUGUACACCAAAGAGUGGGAUAAGGUCAAAGCCACAGGCUACUUCAUGCCUGGGGAUGCUGUACCAAUUAAGCAGUGCAUCCAUACGUCUAAAGUACAAAGUCAACAUAAGUACCUCGAGGGAUACCGUAAGCAGGUUGGCCACCACAUCGGUGCUCUCAGCGUCCAAGACGACCCUCUGCUUAUGCUGGCUCUGAACUCAGCCAAGAUUGCCAGUGAUGCCCUGUACAAGAAGGACUUCAACAAGUCCAAGACCAAGUUCCACCUGCCAGUGGACAUGAUUAGUCUUGAACUGGCCAAAAAAUGCCAGAUCCAAGUCAAUGAUUUCAACUACAGAACUCAUCUGCACCAGUGGACUUGUAUGCCUGACCAGAAUGAUGUCAUCCAGGCCCGCAAAGCCUAUGACCUUCAAAGUGAUAAUAUUUAUAAGUCCGAUUUGGAAUGGCUUCGUGGAAUCGGAUGGGUUGCAGCUGACUCUGUUGACCACGUCAAAGUCAGGAAGGCACAGGAGAUUCUCAAUGAGAGGCACUACAAAAAGGAUGCCGUAGAUGGCUUUGGAAAAUUCACCCUGAUUGUGGAUCGCCCUGAGCUCUUAUUAGCAAGGCAAAAUGCUGCUAAUCUCAGCGAUCUGAAGUACAAAGAGACCUUCAAUGCAGAAAAGGGUCAAUACAUUGGUUUAGAUGACACUCCUCAACUGGCCCAUAGCAGGGAAGUGGCUAAGCACAUUAGUGAGAAAUACUACAAACUGGAAUGGGACAAAGCUAAGGCUUCAGGCUACCAGCUGGACCAGGAAUACAUUCCUCUUGUCAGUGGCAAGAAAGGCAGGGACAUUGCCAGUGAAGUACGUUACAAAGAUGCCCAUGAGAAAGCCAAAGGUCACUACAUGGCUGGGACCCUGGUGGACUUCCCUGAGGUGAUGCGAUGUGGAGAUCAGGAGAAAAACAAGGGCAUGAGGCUCUACCAAAAGGAUUACCAUCAAAGUAAGCUCAAGACCCACAUCCCUCCAGACGUCAUCGCUAACAAGGUAGCUAAGAAGUGCCAGGACAUGCUGAGUGACGUCCUCUACCGCACAUACCUGCACCAGUGGACUUGUCAUCCUGAUCAGGAGGACGCCAUCAGGGCCCGCAAGACCAAUGAGAUUCUCAGUGAUGUUUUCUACAAGGAGGACCUGACCUGGAUGAGGGGCAUUGGUUGCUAUGUGUGGGAUACUCCCGAGAUUAUUCGCGCCAAGAAUGCCUAUGAGCUGCAGAGUGAUCUUAAAUACAGAGAGGAGGCCAAGAAAGAAUACAACAAUUACUCCAUCGUGACAGACACCCCGGUCUAUGUGACUGCUGUUCUGGGUCACACCUGGGCCAGCGAGCUGAACUACAGGGAGGCUUAUCAUCAGGAGAAGCACAUGUACACCACUGUUCUGGAUACAUACGACUACGCCAGAUGCCACAACUUCAAGUACUACUUCAGCAAUAAAAACUACACUCAUGCCUGGGACACAAUCAAAGCCAAGGGCUACCAUCUUCCACAUGACUCACAUGCCUUGCAGCACGCCAAACAGCAGAAGGUCAUCCUUAGCAACGUGAAGUAUAGGGAGGAUUAUGAGAAGUUCAAAUCGCUCUACAGUUUGCCCAAGUCUCUUGAGGAUGAUCCUGCCACUCUUCGCUGCGUCAAAGCUGGAAAGCUGGUCCUUGAUCGUCUGUACAAGGAGGACUAUGAGAAGAACAAGGCCAAGAAUCAUAUCCCACCAGACAUGCUGGACAUCCUGUCUGCCCGCAACACCCAGGCCACUGUUAGUGGAAUAAACUACCGCAAGUUCCUCCAUCAGUGGAUAUGUCUUCCUGACAUGCAGAUGUACGUGCAAGCACGCAAAGUCAACGAGCAGCUCAGCGACAUCUUCUACAAGGAUGACCUGAACUGGCUGAGAGGUAUCGGCUGCUAUGCCUGGGACACACCGGAGAUCCUCCGUGUCAAGCAUGCUGGUGACCUUCAGAGCGAGAACAAGUACAGAGCCAAAGGUAUUGAGUCUUUCAAAGAAUAUUCAGUGGUGACGGACACUCCAGUGUAUGAGACGGCCAAGCAGAACGCUGAAAACCUGAGCGAUCUGCACUACCGCUAUGAUUACAACACCAAUGUCAAGGGAACCAACUCUUCUCCCGCUGUCACUAUUGAAACCGAGAGGGCACGCCUGGCAAACCACAUCCAGAGUAAUAACUGGUACAAGGAAGCCAACAAGAGCUUAAUGCCCCAUGGAUACACCAUGACCCAUGACACCCCUCACAUCAAGCAGGUUAAGAUGAACAGCCAUGUCAGCAGCGAUGUGAAGUACAAGGAGGCCUACGAGAUGGUUAAGGCAAAGGCCUACACUCUUCAUCCAGAGGGCGUCAACUUCGUCAACGCAAGGAAUGCUAACAAGAUCAGUAACGACCGUCUGUAUCGUGAGGAAUACCACAAGAAGAAGGACAAGAUCCACACAACCUACGACACCCCCGAUAUUAAACAAGUCAAGAUGAACCAGGAGAAUCUCAGCCACCUGUUCUACAAAGAGAAAUUCUACAACAGCAGAGGACAGCUGAUCUCUAUGCCCAUUACACCCGAGCUGUUGCACUGCUACCACGUCAAUGAGAUCACCAGCGAUCUAAGAUACAAAGAGGAUUUGAUGUGGCUGAGAGGCAUCGGCUGCUUCUUGUAUGACACUCCGGAGAUGGUCCACAUCCGCAACAUCACCAAGCAGAGGACCAGCUAUCCAACGGAAGCUAAGAAGAACCUCGCCAACUACUCCGUGGUCCUUGACACACCCGAGUACAAGCGUGUGACUGAGCUGAAGACCCACAUGAGCGGCUUGAUCUACAAAGCCCAAAGUAGAGAAGACAUGGCUAAGGUCUCCACCACUGUGGACUCUGUGGACAUCCAGAGAGCCAAAUGGGCCCAGCAGCUGACUAAUAAGUUUGAGUACACAGACCUCGCUAGUAAGGAGAGAGCCCAUUUCACCCCAGAAAUUGAAACUCCAGACAUGCACCAUUCUAGGACGAUGAAAAUAAUGUACAGUGAUCUGAAGUACAAAGAUCAGUACGAGAAGAUGAAGCACAGGUACACCGCCAUUGCUGAUACACCCAUCUUGGUCCGUGCCAAGAAAUCCUACCUCCAGUCCAGUGAUCUCCGCUACAAGGAAACCUUCGAGCUGUCUAAGGGCCACUACCAUACUGUCAAGGAUGCUUUGGACAUCGUCUGCCACCGCAGAGUCACAGACGACAUCAGUGAGGUUAAAUACAGGAAAAAGUACCACAAAUCUCUGGGUACAUGGAAGUCCAUCCCCGACCGUCCUGAGUUCUUCUUCAGCAGAAUAGCCGGCGAUAACAUCAGUGAUAUCAAGUACAAGGAGGACCUGGAUUGGCUGAAGGGUAUUGGCUGCUUUGUGUGGGACACACCUGAAAUGGUGCAGGCUGAAAAGAACAAGACACUGUACAGCGAGAUAUCAUACAAAGCCUCCUUUGACAAGAACAGAGGCAACUUCAAGUAUACCUGCGACACUCCAUUCUUCCAGGCCGCCAAAAAUGCCUCCCAUCUCAUCAAUGAUGUAAAAUAUAAAUUCAAAGCAAAGGAUCUGCUAAAGAGUGGCUGCAAUGAAAUACUCCGUCCUGACAUCCUCACGGCACUUUACCAGUCCACUAUGGGCAGUAAGUGGAAGUACAGGGAGCAGUAUGAGCGGGCCAAGGAUAAGUUCACAUCUGUUCUGGAAACUCCAGAGUACGAGGCCCACAAGCGCAGCAAGAAGAUCAGCGAUAUCAUUUACAGGAUGGAGUACAACAAGACCAAAGCUAAGGGAUACACCAUGCCUUAUGACACUCCAUACCAACAACACAUGAAGAAAGUCAAGGAGAUCACCAGCACUCUCAAGUACAAAGAGGUGUAUGAGAAGAGCAAGGCUCAGAUCAACAUGGACCCUGAGGCUCAUUCGAUCCGUGCUGCCAAGGAGGCUUACAAGAACAUCAGCAAUCUCAACUACAGGAAGAAGUAUGAAGCCACCAAGAACAAGUGGAUUUGGACAGCAGACAGACCUGACUUCCUCAAUGUUGCCAAGAACACUUUGCAACAGAGUGAUAUUGAGUACAAGUAUGACAAGGAGAUGAUGAAGGGUUGUGUGAUGUCGGUGGUUGAUGACAAGCUCACCGUCCUGGCUAAGAGAAAUGCUGAAAUGGCCAGUGAUGUGAAGUACAAAGAGAAGUAUGAAAAGUCAAAGGGCCACUAUGUGCCCAUCCUGGACACUCCUCAAAUUCUCCAUUCCAAGGCGGUGCGCAGUCUGGUGUCAGAGAGCAAAUACAAGGAGGCCAGUAAGAAGGACAUGCAGUCUGGCUCAUUCACCACACUACGUGAGACUCGUGACACCGCCCACAGCAAGGAGAUCAACAAGCUUGUCAGCGGGAAAAUUUACAAAGCAAAGUUUGAGAAGGACAAGGGCAAGUCAGUGUACAACAACAUGAUAACUCCACCUGAUGUUAAGCACGCCAUGGAGGUGGCCAAAAACCAGAGCAACGUUGCCUAUAGGAAGGAUGCCAAAGCCAGCCUGCACUAUACUACUGUGGCGGACAGACCUGACAUCAAGAAGGCUACUCAGGCUUCCAAACUCAUCAGUCAGGUUGGAUACCGUGAGAAGGCCCGUGAGGAGGCCAGCCGUGGAGGUUCUCUGGCCCACCGCCCAGACAUCGCUCUGGCCACUGAGGUGUCCAAGCUGACCAGCCAGGUGGAGGCCAAGCCCUCCCUCCAUGGAACUGCCUCCUAUGAUACUCCCCAGAUGCGCCACAUUAAGAAAAUGAGUGCCGUGACUAGUAAUGUGAAGUACAAGCAGAAGUUUGAGGAGAUGAAAGGAAAGAGGCCUAUAUAUGACAUGAAGGACAGUAAGAUUUACAAGACUUUGAAGGAUGCCAAUGAUCUGGCUAGUGAAGUGAAGUACAAAGGGGAUCUGAAGAAGAUCCACAAGCCUGUGACUGACAUGGCCGAGUCUCUGUCCAUGCAGCACAACCUGAGCACCAGCAAGCUGUCCAGUGACUACCGCUACAAGAAGAAAUUUGAAGAGAGUAAGGGUCACUACCUUAUGAUUCCUGACACACCAGAACAGCUUCAUCACAAGGAGGCUUCUGAACUCCAAAGCAACGUGAAGUACAAGGAGAAGUAUGAGAAGGAGAAGGGAAAGGCCAUGCUGGACUUUGAGACUCCCACAUAUGUGACUGCUAAGGAAGCCCAGCACAUGCAAAGCCAGAAAGACUAUAAGAAGGACUAUGAAGAGUCCAUGAGGGGCAAGAACCUCUCAGGCUUGGAGGUCACCCCUGCCAUGUUACAUGUCAGACACGCCACCAAAAUAGCCAGCGAGAAAGAAUACAGGAGGGAUCUAGAGGAGGGAGUGAAGGGUAAAGGGCUAACUGUGCUGGAGGAAACUCCGGAGCUUUUGAGAGCAAGGAAUGCCACUCACAUCCUUAGUGAGAGAGAGUAUAAGAAGUCACUGGAGCAGGAGAUAAAGGGCAAAGGAAUGUUGGCUUUGGCUACAGACACCCCAGACUUCAUGAGGGCAAGGAACGCUACUGACAUCCUCAGUCAGGCUAAGUACAAGCAUACCGCUGAGAUGGACAGAGCCAGCUACACAACUGUCAUCGACACUCCGGACAUAAUCCAUGCUCAGCAGAUGAGGAAUAUUGUCAGCAAGAAAAAGUACAGAGAGGAGGCCGAUAAGACCAUGUCUCACUAUGUUCCGGUUUUCGACACUCCAGAGAUGCAGAGAGUCCGUGAGAACCAGAAGAACUUCAGCACUCAUCAAUACCAGCUUGACCUUAAAAACAUAAAGGGCAAAGUGUCUGCUGUAAAGGACACUCCUGAAAUGCUUCGUGUUAAAGAAAAUACAAAGAAUUUCAGCUCGAUUUAGUACAAAGAGGAUUUGGGUGGAGGAACAGCUUUGCCCGAGACCCCUGAGAUGGAGAGAGUUAAACGCAAUCAGCAGAACAUUAGCACAAUACAAUACAAGGAUGCCCUGAGUCAAGGCACAGCCAUACCAGAUCUUCCUGAGGUGAAGCGGGUCCGAGAAACCCAGAAGAAUAUCAGCUUGAUACAAUACAAGGAUGCCCUGAGUCAAGGCACAGCCAUACCAGAUCUUCCUGAGGUGAAGCGGGUCCGAGAAACCCAGAAGAAUAUCAGCUUGAUACAAUACAAGGAUGCCCUGAGUCAAGGCACAGCCAUACCAGAUCUUCCUGAGGUGAAGCGGGUCCGAGAAACCCAGAAGAAUAUCAGCUUGAAUCAAUACAAAGAAGAGUUGGGACAAGGCACAUCAGUACCAAAGACCCCAGAGAUGGAGAGAGUUAGACGCAAUCAGCAGAAUAUUAGCACGAUUAAAUACAAGGACUCUGUGGGUGGAGGCACAGCUAUACCAGACCUCCCAGAGGUGAAGCGGGUCAAAGAAACCCAGAGGCACAUCAGCUCGGUGUUGUAUAAGGACAGUUCAGCCAAAGGAACUCCUGUGGUGUUUACUCCAGAGAUGGAGCGGGUCAAAAGGAACCAAGAAAACAUUAGCUCGGUCCUGUACUCGGACAGUUUCCGUAAGCAGGUCCAAGGCAAGGCCGCCUUCGUUCUGGACACACCUGAGAUGAGGCGUGUCAAGGAGACCCAGCGCAUCAUUUCUGGAGUGAAAUACCACGAGGACUUUGAGAAGAGCAAGGGCAGCUUCACUGCCACCACCUCUGACCCUGUGACAGAGCGUGUGAAGAAGAACACUCAGGAUUUCAGCGACAUCAACUACCGUGGCAUCCAGAGGCGCGUGGUGGAGAUGGAGAGGAGACGCGCCAUCGAGCACGACCAGGAGACCAUCACUGAUCUGCGUGUGUGGCGCACAAACCCCGGCUCUGUGUUUGACUACGACCCUGCUGAGGACAACAUCCAGUCCAGGAGUCUGCACAUGAUGUCAGUGCAAGCUCAGCGUCGCAGCAAGGAGCACUCCCGCUCCACCAGCGCUCUGAGCGGCCUGGGUGACGAGAAGUCAGAGCCGUCUCAGGAAGGCGACCACCACAUGUCCCUCUACAGCAACGGCUUUGGUGCCUCCUCCAUUGGAUACCAGCAUGCUAAGACUGUGGAGCUGCAGCAGAGGUCAUCAUCAGUGGCCACCCAGCAGACCACAGUGUCCUCUGUCCCAUCACACCCCUCCACCACAGGGAAAACCGUACGCGCCAUUUACGACUACUCAGCAGCCGACAACGAUGAGGUGUCCUUCAAGGACAGCGACGUCAUCGUGAACGUCCAGGCCAUCGACGAGGGCUGGAUGUACGGUACCGUGCAGCGCACCGGCAAGACCGGCAUGCUGCCAGCCAACUACGUUGAAGCAAUUUAAAUAAAGACAGAGCCCGCCCAUCAUCCCUCAGGAUUGGGCGAGACACAUCCACAGGGCCAACCGAUUGGUCUUCCUCCAGCGAUCACAACUGUGGCUUAGUGCAAUGUGUAGCUUUCAGUCUCUUGUAGCUCUGUAAGUGUAUUUUUAUUGUGUUGUAAUUCUCACUGUCUGUUAUAAUCAUUCAUAUGCUGUUGCUGCUGUUGCCUGUGGAUGUGAUGUAAGCAUCUGAAACAUGACAUAUAAAUAUUUCUGAUUAUACAUACUAAUCCUAUGAUGAAUGACAGACAAUUUACAUUUGUUUUGACUUUUAAAAACAAGGCUCGCCCGCAUAAGUCCCGGCCCGUUAUUCUGUAAAUCUCAAAAAUAUUUAAAACAUAUAAAGAAGUUUGUGUCUGAGUUGUAUGGAGAGAGUAUUUCCUCAUGAAAACACUUAAGCUGUUCCUGUUAAACCUUUAAUGGAAAUUCUAUGGAGAGAAAAAGAUCAACAACAUAAAUAAUAAUGAAAGUAAUGAAAGCCAGCAUAAACGUCCUCCAUGAUCAAACCACUCCUAAAGAAGAAGAGUUAAAUGAGACAAGCCCCAGUCUUCCCUCCUAUACUGAAGGCUGGCCAUUAGUAGAAUGUGUGUUUUUUUUUCUUCCGAUUACGUACAGUAGGUCCUGAAGUAAAGGACGUCUUCUACUUUUAAUCAGUAGUUAAUAAAGCACACUAAGCUCCUGCA